AGUUUAAUACCUAUAUAAUUCGUACACUGUAACACUGUGUUUCAGAGUAUCAUUGAAAAAUAUUUAAGAGAUGAAUCAAAACAUAAAGAUCGAGAUAUUGCCACCAUAAGUUUUAAUCUUGAAUUUAAUAGUAUUUAUGUUCAGUAUCAAUAUGGUGAAGGACAGAUAACGCAAUCAAGUAGACUUUUUCAAAAGCCCACUAUGACAAGAAAUGAAGAGUUUGAUACUAAAUCUGUUAUUGAAGAUAUUGUUUAUCCUUAUGAGGGACAUUUAAACUCCCACGAAGCGUAUAUCAUGUUACAAGAUAUGAUUGAAGCCGAAAAAGAAGCACUUCGUAACGUAUCGAAACUAGAGGAUGAUAUUAUAAAAAUGAUAGAGAUCCGAUGUCGAGAACGAAUAGUGUUUAAGUUAAAAAUCGAUUCAUUGGAUUGGGACAGAAAUCAUGGGAUCAGAAAAUUACUCCAAAACGAAAAAGAUAAAAAGCUCGCUCUUUCUAAACGAGAUAAAGCAAAACAAAUAGAUAACUCUUUGCCAUACCAUGUGAUAAUUAAAAGAUUAUUUACACAAGAUAAGAAUGCUUUAAACGUUCGUGAAAAAAUCAUUCAAAACUUUAGACGAAAUACCAAUAAACGGUUUAUACGAACUAAAAAAAUAUUUAUAACGAAACAAUUCAAAUUACAAUCCAUGGUGAAGGCACUAGAAACUAACCAGGUCAAAGAAGUUGAACUCAAGAAUAAAACGUUUUUAUUGUGUUCGUUGUUGAAAAACGAACUUAACGUAUUGGCGUUGAGAAUGGAAAGAUACAAUGAAACUCGUAUUGAGAGAUACAAUAUCUUGGCAUCAUACUUAAAUAGCUAUCCUGAUUUUAAAACUUUAUCACCAUUAAAAUUAUAUUUUUAAAUAUAAUAAAUUAAAUAAUAUUUUUAUUAUAGCUGAUACAACCCGCAAUAUGUUGUUCACUACUCCCCUCGCAUCAACAUUUUAAAUAUUUAUAAUUGAUAAACUACUAAUUGUACGAACAUUUUUUUUUAAGCUGAAAAUAUAAUGAUGUAAAA